GAAAGAUAAGCCAAUUCACACGGACUCGGAUCAUAUCACAGCUUGCAACUUACCCGAACAUCCAUCUAUUUCAAUACGUCGGGGAGGAUGGUGUGUGACAUCAUCACAACUUGAGACGCUUCAAAAACCAUCCUCUGGCCAAUCGACAGUUUGUCCCCCCACUAUAAAUUCCGGACAGUAAACUGGUACAAUAAUCCUCAGCUUAAUCCUCUUCUGAGAUCAAAAAGCUGUCCAACUCGACUGGUUUUAAUCCUUCACAAAGAGAAAGUGCUAUCUCAAGCCAUCAUCAUGUCUCCUCCAAGGUUCCAAAUCAAGGACAUGAAGUUCAACCGUCUGGGCCGAUCGGGUCUGCGCGUCCCGGUGUUCUCUUAUGGCGGUUGGUUGACCGUCGGAUCAGUGGCCACCGGCGCGGCCGUUAAGGAACUCAUGCAGAUCGCUUGGGAUCAUGGCUGCAAUUAUUUCGACAAUGCGGAGAUCUAUUCGAAUGGGCAAUCGGAGCUGGAGAUGGGGAAGGCAUUAAAAGAGCUAGGGUGGGAACGAAGCGAAUACAUGGUAGCGACGAAGGUAUUUUUUGGGACAGGGAAUUCAGAGGAGCCGAAUGGGCGGGGUCUUUCGCGGAAGCACGUGAUCGAGGGAGUGAAGGCCUCCCUAGGGCGACUCCAGCUGAGCUAUGUGGACGUCGUCCAUGCCCAUCGUCCCGACCCCACCGUCCCCAUGCUCGAGAUCGUGCGCGCUUUCACCUAUCUCGUCGAUAAGGGCUUCUCCUUCUAUUGGGGCACUAGCGAGUGGAGCGCUCAGCAGAUCCAGGAAGCCGCCACCGUCGCCGAAAAGUAUAACUUGAUCGCCCCGGUCGUCGAACAACCUCAAUACUCUCUGCUUCACAGGGAAAGAUUCGAAGUAGAAUAUGAUCCAAUCUUCAAGAACUUGGGAUAUGGAUCGACGAUUUGGUCGCCAUUGAAGAGUGGAAUCCUCACAGGGAAAUACAACGACGGGAUCCCAGCGGGCUCGCGAAUGGACAUCAACAAGGAGUUCUUCAAAGACUCGGUGGCCCGCUUACAGGCCGAAGAAGGCCGCCAAGAGAUCGAGAAAGUCAAGCGAUUGACCCUGCUCGCGCAAACUAAGCUCGGCUGCUCCGUCGGCCAAUUGGCCCUCGCGUGGGCCGCUAGUAAUAGCCACGUUAGUACCGUCAUCCUCGGCGCUACUAAACCCGAACAGUUGAAGGAAAACUUCGGCGCUUUGAAGAUCAUCGAUAAAUUGACCCCGGAAAUCAAGAAGGAAAUCGAAGCCAUCGUCGCUAAUGCGCCCACCCAUCCCUCCACUUAUGGCAGAUAAAUCAAUCAAAAAUUGCAUUACUGUAUCCUGUCAAGUUUUCAGUCCAAAAGAAAAAAAAAAGUUCGCAAAAAAAAGCAUGAAGACUGAAGAUAGUGACCAUUGAAAGAAAAGUCGUGUAACCUACUCAGAAUCUUACUAUGCAUGUAUGUUUAUAACAUAAGAGAAGGAUUUCUUUUCGUAUGAUGAUGAUGACGAUGAUGUUUUUCUUAUCCCCACUCAUCUAUAUUCUCAAGCAAGUUGUUAUACUAUAGUCCCCAAGUAUAGAAAAGAAAAAAAAUCAUUGUCGUUCAUCUACUGCAGAUCUAAUUUUCUUCUUAUUUUUACGAGAUGGUACAUAGAUGUUUUUGGUAUUUGUGACUAGUGAGUGAGGGAAGUCAAUCUGGAAAGACGACAAGAAAGUGGAUGGUGGAGUGGACCAGAAUUGAGUAAUUCGGGCUGAUGGGCCCCUCAAGAUUUAUCGCGCAGUGGGCUUGCUGAAAGAUAAAGUGAAAUCCAGCGGGAGUG